CGCUCCCGGCCCCGCUCCCGGCCCCGCUCCUGGCCCCGCUCCUCUCCCAGCCCGCGGCAGCGCAGGCGGCUCUGCGGGCCCCGGAGCCGCGGGAGAAGUGCAAACAUGGCAUCCAUGGAAGAAAACUUUCCUCGAGGUGGCACCCAGAAAAAACCCACGGAGGGCAAAACAGCCAAACCGAAGAUAGAACAGGACAACUUGUUUGACAUCCAUCAUGAAGAAAAAACACAGAAAAGAAAACGGAGUCAAGGAGAUCAAGGAAAGCAGAAGAAGAAGUUCAAGCCGGACAAAAAAAACACUUCUAAAGACAAUGCUAUAAAUUUUGAACCACUCACGGUUGAGGCGCUCUGUGAGGGGAUGCUGCUUCUUGGUUGUAUAAAAGAGGUCAAUGAAUUCGAAUUAGUUGUCAGCUUGCCCAGCGGACUUUCUGGCUUUGUCCCAGUGACACAGAUUGGUGAUGCCUACAGCAAGAUGCUGAGUGAACAAGUGGCUGAAGGAGAGCUCCCGGAGGACUUGAACUCUCUCUCGGACAUGUAUUCUCCAGGGACAUUGGUCAGAUGCAUUGUGACCAGUGUUGAGAAAAGUGCUGAUGGACAUCAGAGUAUCAGAUUGUCAAUCAACCCCAAAAAGGUCAAUAAGGGUCUGAAUGCUUCAACACUAACAUCAGGCAUGCUGCUCUCUGGCCUAGUGUCUAGUGUGGAAGACCAUGGAUACCUCAUUGAUAUUGGAGUCAGUGGGACUAAUGCAUUCCUACCUCGUCAGAAAGCCCGAAGUUACAUCAAAUUAGUCAAGAAAGGGCCUGAUUUGAAGAUAGGCCAAAACCUGAACUGUGUCAUUGAGGAAGUAAAGAACAAGGGAAGAAUUGUUCGUUUGUCCAUUGAUCGGUCAGAAGUUGCUGCAUCCAUCGCAACAGAACGACAGAACUGGACGCUUUCUAACUUACUGCCAGGGCUGGUGGUAAAAGCUCGAGUGCAGAAGGUGACCCCAUUGGGGAUCACUCUGAGCUUUCUGUCUUCGUUCACUGGCAUUGUGGAGUUCAUGCACAUGGACCCAAAGAAAUCCGUGAGCUACUCUCCAAAUCAAGUGGUGAAAGCUUGCAUCCUCUCCAUUCACCCCAUCUCCAAGGUGGUGCGGCUUACUCUACGGCAGGCCUUCCUCCACCCUGGAGGAUCCCCAAACCAGCUCUCCAGUGAUCGCAUGGGGGCAGUGGUGGAGGAGUCGACAGUGAAGGUCUUCUUCAAGCAGUUUGGUGCCAUCUUUGAACUUGAUGAUGGCAGCCUUGCGUUUGCACGGCUGAAACACCUUUCAAAAACCAGGAAGUCCUUUAAACCUGCAGCAUUUAAGACUGGAUCUAAACACAAAUGCCGGAUAAUUGACUACAGCUUGAUGGAUGAGAUGUGUAUUUUAUCCCUGAAGUAUCAAAUUAUCGAAGCUCAGUUUCUGCAAUAUCAAGAUGUCCACACUGGGGAUGUGGUGAAGGGUAAAGUAUUAGCUCUGAAACCCAUCGGGAUGCAGGUGAAAGUGACUGAUGGGAUUAAAGGGCUUGUGCCCUCCAUGCAUCUUGCUGAUAUGAUCCUGAAGCAGCCUGAGAAGAAGUACAACAUGGGUGAUGAAGUCAAGUGUCGGGUGCUAGAGUGCAGACCUGCAGAAAGGAAGCUAAUCCUUACUCUGAAGAAAACUCUUGUCCAGUCAAAGCUUCCAGUCCUUUCUAAUUAUGAAGAGGCAAAACCAGGUCUGAUCACGCAUGGCUUUGUGGUGUGCGCCAGAGAGUUUGGCUGCAUUGUGAAGUUCUACAAUGAUGUCAAAGGUCUAGUACCCAAGAAUGAGCUGAGCUCAGAGCCCAUAUCUUGUCCAGAAGAAGUCUUUCAUGAAGGCCAGGUUGUCAAAGUAAUGGUCUUAAAAUGUGAACCCCAGCAGGAAAGACUGCUGCUGUCCUUCAGGUUAACAAGCAAGCCUGGCCCUGAGCAUAAAAGAGAACAUACUGCGAAGAAGAACCAGCAAGUGAAAUAUGAAAUAGGAGAGAUGCUUGAUGUGAAAGUCUUGAAGAAGAAAGAGAAUGGGCUAGAAGUUUCCAUCUUGGAAGAUGAAGGCAAAGUGAUUGCCUCACUUCCCACAGUGCAUCUCUCAGACUCUGUUGCUAACUGCAAGCUCCUGUGGCAUUGCCUUCAAGAGGGAGAUGUCCUGCCCAGAGUUAUGUGCCUAAGUGACAAGGGAGAUCAUAUUAUCUUGAGCAGAAAGUCUGCCGUGAUUUCUGCUGUACAGGAGGAGCAAGUGGUGAGAAGCUUCUCUGAAAUCCAGUCUGGAAUGCUUCUGACUGGUUAUGUGAGGAAUGUGAUGCCUUUUGGAGUGUUUGUGGAGUUUCCUUUUGGCCUAACAGGAUUGGCACCCAAAAUGAGCAUGAGUGACAAGUUUGUGACAGACACCAAGGACCACUUUGUGGUGGGACAGACUGUGAUUGCAAAGGUGAUGAGCAUUGAUGAAGAGAAGCAGCGUGUGCUCCUCAAUCUGAAGGUGUCAGAGUGCAGCUCAGGCAAUUCUGCUGUGGAGAGCUUUGCUCUGCUGAGUCAAUACUUCAAGGAAAUGAAAGAAAUCAGGAACUUGUUGAAAAGAAGAGGGGAGUCCAGCACGGCCCAAAGCCUUUGUGAAUUGAUGCCUGGGAAGGAGCUGCAGCUGGUUGUUCAGGAUGUGAAGGAGGAUGGCUCAGCACUGUUCAGCAGCAGUAGUGUCACAGGCUUGACUGUAACAGCCACUCGGUACCAUUUAGGAGACAAAAGUAUUGUUCCUGGUGAGAAAGCCAAAGUGUUGGUUCUUCAUGUAGAUGCCCUCACAUCCAUGGUGUAUGUUUCCCUUCGAGAAGAACUGUUAAAACAAAGAGCCAAGCAACGUCUCAUGGAGAACUCCCAGCACUCUGCCAUUGUGCAACACAUAGCAGAAGAGUUUGCUGUCAUCUCUUUGUUGGAAACAGGCCAGCUGGCUGCUAUCCCCAUAGCCUCUCACUUCAAUGACACCUUCCGUUUUGACUCAGAAAAACUAAAGGUGGGACAGACAGUCUCUGUGACGUUAAAAACAGUGAAGGGGAAUGACCAUGGAGUCUUGCUAGCAGUGCAAGACCCAACAAAGAAGAAUGUUUUUGUAAGGAUUCGGAAAGAGUCUGAGACAGCAUUAGAAGAGACACUUCCUGCUGUGAAACACUCACUUUCCCUGGGGGAUAUUGUUAGUGGUACUGUUAAGUCUGUCAAACCUACCCAUGUCACAGUUGCUAUUGAUGACAAGCUGACGGGUUCAAUCCAUGCGUCACGAAUCUUGGAUGAAGUGCCUAUAGACUCUUUUCCAACAUACACUCUGAAAGCUGGACAGAAGGUCACUGCCCGGGUCAUUGGAGGCAGAGAUGUGAAUACUCACAGGUACCUACCCAUCACCCAUCCACACUUCACGCGGUCCAUUCCAGAGCUCAGCAUUCGACCAAGUGAAUUGGAAGGGAAAGUGACAACAAUGCUGAACCAUAAAGGAGAGAAUGCCCUCAAGAAAUGUGGACUCUACAAAGUUGGGCAGACAGUGACAUGUUUUGUUAAGAAGUAUAACACCCUCAAAAACUGGCUGGAGGUAGAAGUCGCACCUGACAUUCGAGGAAGAGUUCCUCAUCUACUGCUGUCUCUCAGCACCAAGGUUUUAAAGCACCCAGAAAAGAACUUCAAAAAUGGCCAGGCAUUAUCUGCUACGGUGACUGGAAUGGAUGUCACCGAAACCAACCUCUGCUUGUCGCUUACAGGAAUUCAGUCGCUGGAGCAGGGCAUCAUCACUGUAGGCAUGGUGGCAAAGGUGACUCCACAUGUUGGCUUGACCAUCACACUGCCCGGAGGGAAGACUGGUAAAGUCAGUAUCUUUCACCUGAGUGAUACAUACGCAGAGAAGCCUCUGGGUGACUUCAAAAUUGGCAAGAUUGUCAGGUGUUACAUCCUUUCCAAUGAGAAUGGCAAAAUCCAGUUAUCUCUCCGGCAGUCCAGGCUAAAUCCAAAGAGCAACAACAAAGUGGAAGAUGCUGAAAUAACAUGCAUUAAGGAUGUUAAAAAAGGCCAGCUAGUGCGGGGCUAUGUCAAAUCAGUCACUCCAUCAGGUGUAUUCUUUGGCCUGUCCGCUUCUCUUCUGGGUCGAAUCUUGUUCCAGAACGUUUCCCCUUACUUUGUACAGAAACACUCCUUAUAUGAGAGAUACCUACCUGAAGGAAAGCUGCUUACUGCCAAGGUCCUUGGUGUAAAUAGAGAAGAAAACCAUGUUGAACUUUCUCUUCUGCCUGAGGACACUGGGAUGCCAAGCAUCUUGCCCGAAUCCCUAGGCUUACCACGCUAUGAUGCAGAAGAAGAGAGAGAAGAGAGGGAGAAGAGAGAUGAGCUCAAGAAGCUGAAGACAAAACGAAGAAGAGGGAGCUCUGAAAUCGAGCAGGAGACAAAGCCAAAAAAAAAGAAGAUCCGCCUAGCAGAUGAAAAUGAUAGUGGAAUUGAGGUGUAUUGCCGGGAGGAGGAAGAGGAUGACCAGGAAGAAGAAGAGUCAGCUAAAAAGAAAUCUAAGAUACAGAAACGCAAUGAGGCUCCCAGACUGCAGAUUUCCACUGGUUUCACCUGGGAUGAAGACAUGAACACAGUAGAUAUGCCGGUGCUGAGUCAGAAGGAGAGUUCAGAGAGUGAAGACGAGGAGGAGGACCUUCAGUCUAAGCCGAAAAAACAAACAAAGAAGGAGAAGGAGCUGGAGAAGGAGAAGAUGGAGAAGGAGCUCUGCAAAUUAGAGGCUGCCCUAAUGGACCCCACUCGACAGCCUCAGACAGCAGAUGAUUUUGACCGCCUUGUGUUGAGCAGUCCCAACAGCUCCAUCCUCUGGCUACAGUAUAUGGCCUUCCACCUUCAGGCCACAGAGAUAGAGAAGGCCAGAGCUGUGGCUGAGAGAGCGCUUAAAACUAUUUCCUUUAGGGAAGAGCAAGAGAAACUAAAUGUCUGGGUAGCUCUGCUGAACCUGGAGAACAUGUAUGGCACUGAGGAGACACUGAUGAAGGUCUUUGAGAGAGCUGUUCAGUACAAUGAGCCUCUGAAAGUCUUCCAGCAUCUGUGUGACAUCUAUGCCAAUUCUGAGAAGUACAAGCAAGCAGAAGAGCUGUACCACACAAUGCUGAAGCGUUUCCGUCAGGAGAAGUCUGUGUGGCUGAAGUAUGCCACCUUCCUCCUCAAACAGGGCCAAACUGAUGCUACGCACAGACUUUUGGAGCGUGCUCUUAAGGCUUUGCCCACCAAAGAACAUGUGGAUGUUAUUUCAAAGUUUGCACAGCUCGAGUUUCGCCUUGGGGAUCCAGAACAUGCUAAGGCCCUUUUUGAGAGCACUCUCAGCAGCUAUCCUAAGCGUACAGACAUCUGGUCCAUCUACAUGGACAUCAUGAUCAAACAUGGCAGCCAGAAGGAAGUACGGGACAUCUUUGAGAGGGUCAUACACCUGAGCUUGGCACCCAAGAGGAUGAAAUUCUUCUUUAAACGCUACCUGGAUUAUGAAAAGAAAUUUGGUACAACAGAAAGUGUUCUGGCUGUUAAAACAGCAGCACUGGAGUAUGUGGAGGCCAAGAGUUCCCUUGCUGAGAGCUAAAAUACUAAGCAAGUAAAACAACAGAGACUGUUCUCCUUGUGGCAUUGGAACCAAGAAGUGUGGAAUUCAAUUGUGGGUGUCCAUGGACAGUGAGUUUCCUGAGAGUGUAGGACCAAACUGGAAGAACAAACCAUCUAAAGAAAAAAUCCGAUAAAUGCUUGCAGCUUUGUCCAGCUGUUACAGAUUAGCCUAGUCUCUUGAUGACUUUGAAGCUAGUUAUUUAAGUAUAAACUAUUUUAUAAUCAAUUUGAACAUUGACCCUACCUGUUCUGCCUUCCUAUGGAAAUAGUGCAGUUGUGGCCCCCUAUUUUUAAGUACAGUGAUCUCCUAUAAAUUCAUUUCUCCCUCUGUCAAAUGGCAGAAAAGAUUCUCGCCUUUUGUCUGAAAUCAGUAUUUCAGAAGAUUUGUCUCAAGUGCCUUUGUGCUGCCAGCAGCUGGCGGAACAACAUGGAAUCACAGAAUGGUUGAGGUUGGAAGGUACCUCUGGAGAUCUAGUCUCACCGCCUUGCUCAAAGCAGGGUCAGCUAGAGCAAGUUGUCCGGAACACCAUGUCCUGUUGGGUUUUGAAUAUCUCCAGGGAUGGAGAUGCCACAGCCUCUUUGGGUAACCUGUUCCAGUGUUCAGUCACCCUUACAGUAAAGUUUUUUAUUAGGUUUAAACAGAA